GUCAUAAUCGAAUGUUUGAAAGACGGUGAAGAGAACAAGACUAUUAUAGUUGCCUCGGUGUCCUAAUCAUUGAGACAUUUGCUCCGGGAAUAUUCAGAGUUCCUAUAGGAUACUCACCGGUACAUGGUGUUCAUAUCGCUCAGGCCAGGUUCCAGUGUGGUAAUCCUUGCGCUCAGGCCAGGUUCCAGUGUGGCAAUCCUUGCGCUCAGGCCAGGUUCGAGUGUGGCAAUCCUUGCGCUCAGGCCAGGUUCGAGUGUGGCAAUCCUUGCGCUCAGGCCAGGUUAGAGUGUGGCAAUCCUUGCGCUCAGGCCAGGUUCGAGUGUGGCAGUCCUUGCGCUCAGGCCAGGUUCGAGUGUGGGAAUCCUUGCGCUCAGGCCAGGUUAGAGUGGCAAUCCUUGCGCUCAGGCCAGGUUCGAGUGUGGCAGCUUGGAACUUAGCUGUGUGUAUCGUGAGUAGUUCCACUCGCCACCAGACCAUUGGACAUUCUUGCCGGCGCUUUGUUCCAGUAGUCAGCAGUUCACCGGGUAAUAUGGAAGGUGAACGCUACGCUUUCCUCGUGGAGUGGUAUGAUUCGCUAGCGGGCAUAGUGCGACGCUACAACUUCCUCUUCUAUCCUAAAGAUAACAGCGUGGAAAUGAUUGAUGUGAAAAACAAGCGUAUAUUCCUGAAACGUACCAAGGAGGAGUCUAUCAGGCUGGAUCAGUGCUACAUUGGUUCAUCAGUUAAUCUACAUGGUCGACAGCUGAAGUUUGCAGAGUACUCUGACACUUUCACCAAGAUUAAACUCUCCAUGGCGAAAGAAAAAACUCUGGCGAUAUUCAAGCCGGACAUCAUGGAAAAAAUGCCUCUCCUGCUUGAGUUUCUCUGCACUGAAGGCUUUCAGAUCUGUGAUAUGAAGACAGUUGUGUUGAGCAAGUCUGCGGCUGAAGAGUUUUAUCGCGAGCAUAGUGCUAAACCAUUUUUCAGAACUCUGAUAUCGUUCAUGACGGAAGGACCAAUCAUGGCGCUCAGCUUACUAGCCGACAAUGCCGUCAGCAGAUGGAGAGCACUUAUUGGACCAACAAACUCGGCUGAUGCCAGGUCUCAAGCUCCGGAUAGUCUCAGAGCAAGGUUUGGCACAGAUCAAACACGCAAUGCCUGUCAUGGAUCAGAUUCAGUGGCAUCGGCUGAAAGAGAGACGGAGUUUUUCUUUGGAGCAGGCAGCAGCAGCAGCCGUGGUCUUCAAGUCCCGGCAGAGUUUGACAACUGCACAUUGUGUUUGGUCAAGCCAUACACAAUGACCCAAGGUCUGCUUGGGAGAGUAGCUCGUGAUAUUGUACAGGCUGGUUUUGACAUCUCUGGCAUGCAAAUGUACCAUUUGGACAAGAGCACAGCAGAGGAGUUCUUGGAAGUCUACAGAGGUGUCGUUGCCGAAUAUCCGGAGAUGGUAUCUGAGUUGUGCUCAGGAGCAUGCGUUGCCAUGGCAUUAACUCAUCAACAUGGCGGUGCUUGUGUAGAGCAGUUCAGACAGUUUGUUGGACCAGCAGAUCCAGAGAUAGCUCGUCACCUGCGUCCCAGCACGUUGCGUGCAAAAUAUGGACACAACAAAUUGAAGAAUGCUGUUCACUGCACUGACCUAGCUGAUGACGGUAUGCUGGAGGUUGAGUACUUCUUCAAGAUUCUCCAGUAACUACGGAAACAGACAAGACUUCAGUGACGGUUACAGCUCAUCCUCAGUAAUCGGCGUCACAAUGUAUUUUCAUUGAUGUGUCUUCUGUAACCGCUGGAAUGGAUAUUCAGCCGCCGGUGGAGCAAUGUUGUUGAGAGAUGCAAAGGCGAGGUUUGAUGAGCUGAUUUCGAUGUGAUAUUAAUCCUGAAACGUAAUGCAAUGCCAUAGUAAAUGACUGUCGGCGAAUUCAUUCCUUUUCGCUUUCAUUAUAAGAAGAGAAUUUAUCUUUCUGUUUGAACCACACAUAUACUAUG